GAGCUGUGACAGGUGCCUUCCAUCAGUCUGAGCUGUGAGUGGCAGGUGGAGAGAGGUCCACUCAGGAAGCCAGGCCCACCAUGAGUCUGUGGGAACUUGACAGGUGCAGCUCCCAAGGUACCCCCAAGCCGGUUCAGGAGCCCAGCACUGAGGAGGCAUCAGCUGUGGAGCUGCAGAUGAAGGUUGAUUUCUUCCGGAAGCUAGGCUACUCAUCUGCUGAGAUCCACAGUGUCCUGCAGAAACUGGGGGUGCAGGCCGACACCAACACGGUGCUGGGCGAGCUGGUCAAACAUGGGUCAGCAACCGAGCGGGAGCGCCAGGCCUCUCCGGACCCCUGCACUCAGCUCCCCCUGGUCCCUCGUGGUGGGGGCACCCCCAAGGCUCCCACCCUGGAGCCCUCGCCCCCAGAGGAGAACAAGGAAGGCAGUGACCUAAGGCCUGUGGUCAUCGAUGGGAGCAAUGUGGCCAUGAGCCACGGGAAUAAGGAGGUGUUCUCCUGCCGGGGCAUCCUUCUCGCUGUGAACUGGUUUCUGGAGCGGGGCCACACAGACAUCACAGUCUUCGUGCCAUCCUGGAGGAAGGAGCAGCCUCGACCCGAUGUGCCCAUCACAGACCAGCACAUUCUGCGAGAGCUGGAGAAGAAGAAGAUCCUGGUGUUCACCCCGUCGCGCCGCGUGGGCGGCAAGCGCGUGGUGUGCUACGAUGACCGAUUCAUCGUGAAGCUGGCUUACGAGUCCGAUGGGGUUGUGGUCUCCAACGACACGUACCGGGACCUCCAGAGUGAGCGGCAGGAGUGGAAGCGCUUCAUCGAGGAGCGGCUGCUCAUGUACUCCUUCGUCAACGACAAGUUCAUGCCCCCCGAUGACCCCUUGGGCCGUCACGGGCCAAGCCUGGACAACUUCCUGCGGAAGAAGCCGCUCACGGCCGAGCACCGGAAGCAGCCGUGUCCCUAUGGGAGGAAGUGCACCUAUGGGAUCAAGUGCCGGUUCUUCCACCCAGAGCGGCCCAGCCGCCCCCAGCGAUCUGUGGCUGAUGAGCUCCGUGCCAGUGCCCUCCUUCCACCCUCGAGGGCCCCGAGCAAGGACAAAGGUGGCCGGCGGCCUUCACCUUCGGCCCAGCCCGGCUCUCGGCCAGCAGAGCAUGAGCAGGGCAGCCUGGAUGGGAAGAAGCCGGGAGCCCAGGCAUCACCGGGGCUGCCCCGAGAGGGUCCAACGCAGACCUUCGCCCCAGCGGGCAGGAGCCUUCCACCCAGCGGGCGCAGUGGCAGCAGCUUUGGGCCUGCAGACUGGUUCCCGCAGACGCAGGAUUCUCUCCCGUACUCCUCCCAGGAGUGCCUGGACUCAGGCAUCGGCUCCCUGGAGAGCCAGAUGUCAGAACUAUGGGGGGUUCGAGGAGGUGGCCCUGGAGAUGCUGGCCCACCUCGGGGCCCUUAUGCCGGCUAUGGCCCUUAUGGGGCCGAGCUCCCUGCAGCUACAACCUUCCCGACCUUCGGACGGGCCAUGGGUGCUGGCCACUUCAGUGUCCCUGCUGACUACGCCCCGCCACCAGCUGCCUUCCCACCCCGAGAGUACUGGUCCGAGCCCUACCAGCUGCCCCCACCCACGCCGGUCCUGCCCGAGCGGCCAGUGCCAGGUCCCGGGGCUGACCGAGGCCCAUGGGCGGGGGCUGGGAGCCUAGCCAAGGAGCGAGCCAGUGUGUACACCAAGCUGUGCGGGGUUUUCCCCCCACACCUGGUGGAGGCCGUCAUGGGACGCUUCCCGCAGCUCCUGGACCCACAGCGGCUGGCGGCUGAGAUUCUUUCUUACCAGCCCGGGCACCCCAGUGAGUGACCCCGCUGGGCCGCUGCCAUCCCUGAGACUGGACAGAGGGAGGAUUCAAGUAGGGAAGGGAACCCAUAAACCAAAGAUACUGUAGGAUUGGUUCUGGCCCGCCAGGCGCCUGUAGCCGAGCGGGGCAGGAGCGAUCACCCUGUUGAUGCACAUUGUGUCUGUAGUUUAAGGCGACGCCGCCGUGAAGGCGUCAGUCCGUGGCUGAAGCCCAAACCCUCCUUUCUCUCAGAGGGCGGGGAGGGGGUGGUGGGGAGCAGAGGCCUGGGCUGGGGGCCCUGUGCACAGCCCCCCACCUCUACUCCGUCCCUGGGAUGCCAGCCUCCGCUGGCUAGUUAGGCACCGUGUGCCUGCCCUGCAAGGGCCCCUCCUGUAUGCCAAUGAGGCCUCCUCCGUGCUCUCACAGGGCACCGGGCUUCAUGUUAGUAAGCAAGAUGCUUCUUAUAACCCACCUUCGCAGCACCCUUGCCCCCACCCGGGGGUUCAGGGGCCCUUGCCCCCACCGUCUCUUCCCUUCCUUCCAUACUCAGAGUCAUCUCACCCUUCCCCGAAGGUGUAAUGUUCAAUAUUUUAAGUGUAUGUCCUUGCUCUCCCUAACACGUCAAUAAAGUACAAUGUGAGCUCCUUUAA